AUGGCGCCCAUCCGACGAUACCUACGGAUCAGCAAGCACUCGGUGCUGGAGUGUCGGAUUUACCUGGAGAACCCCUCCGAUUCUCGCUGGCUGCUGGAUCCACGCGACCCCGUUCUUCCACGCGUGUUCAAGAGCAUCCGACCCCUAGUGCUCCCCAAACUCCGCGAAGAAAACGAAAGAGCCAGAGCAAAGAAGAAAAGCAAACCGGUCAAGGACGUCCUGGUCGAAGAUGAUUUCCAAGUGUCGAUAUUUCUCAGAGAAACUGGCACUCGUCACUCAAUAACAACCCGACGUAAAACGUUUGGGGAUGGCGGCAGGAUUAGCAGCAAGUCUAACAAGUUAACGGGAAACAGUGACGAUCCGAUUCAUAUCCCGGACGACAGCGAACAACCAGUGCACCCUCUACUAGUCGAAGAGGAAGACUCCCCUGUCAACCUACACGAUAUCCCUGAAGCUCAACCUGACGACGUGGGGUCCGAACAGCCUGUACGUCGUCGCCGGCGGCAACGCCGGGCUAUGGCGGCCGCGGAGGACGAGGAUGGAGCGCCCAUGCGCCCGUCAAAACGAGCGAGAGCUGAAACACCGACAGAGGCCAUUCCGCAUGAUGAGAAGAAGCUGGCAAUGACCACGACCUACGAAGGUUUCGAUAUUUGGGGCUGGAUAUUAUGCCUUCUCGUUUCACGUCGAGACAGAACCAAGGCUGCACCGGCUAGUGGCGAGUCGUCGAAUCAAGCUCUGAUGGAGGAGUGGAUUUGUACCCAGGCACCUCAGGAGUACGAUGAGGGAUGA